CUCAUUGAAAAAACCCUAGCAGUGGCUGCUAGGGUUUUCUUCAUCUCCUCUGGAAAGAAACCUGUAGUGGAUCCAUUGGAAGGAAGAGGCUUCAAGCAUGAGUAAGCUCCAGAGUGAUGCUCUUAGAGAAGCCAUCACAAACAUUGUUAAUGAAUCCAAGGAGAAAAAGCGUAAUUUUACUGAGACCAUUGAGCUCCAAAUCGGGCUGAAAAACUAUGAUCCCCAGAAGGACAAGCGUUUCAGUGGUUCUGUGAAGUUGCCCCACAUCCCUCGCCCCAAGAUGAAGGUCUGCAUGCUUGGUGAUGCUCAACACGUGGAAGAGGCAGAAAAGAUAGGCUUGGAAUACAUGGAUGUGGAAGGGCUAAAAAAGCUGAACAAGAACAAGAAACUGGUCAAGAAACUUGCCAAGAAAUACCAUGCCUUUUUAGCAUCAGAGGCUGUUAUUAAGCAGAUCCCCCGUCUUUUAGGCCCUGGGCUCAACAAGGCAGGUAAGUUCCCAACACUUGUAACUCACCAGGAAUCCCUUGAGUCUAAAGUUAAUGAGACCAAGGCAAUGGUAAAGUUCCAAUUGAAGAAGGUCCUUUGCAUGGGAGUUGCUGUGGGUAACUGCAGUAUGGAGGAGAAGCAGAUCUUUCAAAAUGUGCAACUGAGCGUUAAUUUCCUUGUCUCCUUGUUGAAGAAGAACUGGCAAAAUGUGAGGUGCUUGUACCUGAAGAGCACCAUGGGGAGAUCAAACCGCGUCUUCUAAGGAGUUAAAUCUUUUACCUGUUAUGGUUGGUGUGUAGGGAGAGUCCUAUUUUGAGCAAACAGUUUUAAAAAUGUUUUUUUUUUCCUUCAUAUCAAACUGAAUGGUCAAAUUUUCUUCUUGCUUGGCUGUCUACUUUAGGGAUUUCAUUGCACUCAGAAGCAACCAUAUAACAUCAGGUUUUAUUUUAAAUUUUAAUGUUGGGAGUAUUCUGGUUGUCAA